CGCACCCCCGCGGGGAUCCGGCUGCGUUGGGCUUGCAAACGAAACGAGAACAUUUUGCAUUUUUUUAAUUUUUUAGGGUAGAGGUGCUGGGAGCGAGUGCAGUGGUUCGGGGCACGGAGGAGAGGGAGGGAAAUCUCUGGGCUAGUCUGUCCUUGGGGAGAGGUUUCCUCCCCCAGGCUUGGGGGAGAUUAUGGGACUCCCAGCCCUGGAGUUCAGUGACUGCUGCCUGGACAGCCCGCAGUUCCGAGACACGCUCAAGUCUCACGAAGCCGAGCUGGAUAAGACCAACAAGUUCAUUAAAGAGCUCAUCAAGGAUGGGAAAACCCUCAUCUCGGCGCUCAAGAAUUUGUCUUCAGCCAAGCGGAAAUUUGCUGAUUCCCUAAAUGAAUUUAAGUUCCAAUGCAUAGGAGAUGCAGAGACAGAUGAUGAAAUGUGCAUCGCAAGGUCUUUGCAAGAGUUUGCCACUGUUCUCAGGAAUCUCGAAGAUGAGCGGAUACGGAUGAUUGAAAAUGCCAGCGAAGUGCUUAUUACUCCUCUUGAGAAGUUCCGCAAGGAGCAGAUUGGGGCUGCCAAGGAUGCCAAGAAGAAGUAUGAUAAGGAAACAGAGAAGUAUUGCGGGGUCUUGGAGAAACACUUGAACUUGUCUUCCAAGAAGAAGGAAGCUCACCUUCAGGAGGCAGACAACCAGGUGGACCUGGUCCGGCAGCACUUUUAUGAAGUCUCCCUGGAGUAUGUCUUCAAGGUUCAGGAAGUCCAAGAAAGGAAGAUGUUUGAGUUUGUGGAGCCUCUGCUGGCCUUCCUGCAGGGACUCUUCACAUUCUAUCAUCAUGGUUAUGAACUCGCCAAGGAUUUCAGUGACUUCAAGACCCAGCUGACCAUCAGCAUACAGAAUACAAGAAAUCGCUUUGAAGGUACCAGGUCAGAAGUGGAAUCACUGAUGAAAAAAAUGAAGGAGAAUCCUCAUGAGCACAAGACCAUUAGCCCAUAUACCAUGGAGGGUUAUCUGUAUGUCCAGGAGAAACGUCACUUUGGCACUUCUUGGGUGAAGCACUAUUGUACAUACCAGCGGGAAUCCAAAAGGAUCACCAUGGUGCCCUUCGACCAGAAAUCAGGAGGAAAAGGGGGAGAAGAUGAAUCAGUCAUUCUCAAAUCAUGCACCCGACGGAAAACAGACUCGAUCGAGAAGAGGUUUUGCUUUGAUGUGGAAGCCGUAGAUAGGCCAGGUGUUAUCACCAUGCAAGCGCUGUCUGAGGAGGACCGGAGACUCUGGAUGGAAGCCAUGGAUGGCCAGGAACCAGUCUACAACUCAAACAAAGACAGUCAGAGUGAAGGAACUGCACAGUUGGACACCAUUGGCUUCAGCAUCAUCAGGAAGUGCAUCCAUGCUGUGGAAACCAGAGGGAUCAAUGAGCAGGGACUCUACAGAAUUGUUGGCGUCAACUCCAGAGUCCAGAAGUUGCUGAGUGUUUUGAUGGACCCCAAAACAGCUUCUGAAACAGAAGUGGAUAUCUGUGCAGAGUGGGAGAUAAAGACUAUUACUAGUGCACUGAAGACUUAUUUAAGAAUGCUCCCUGGGCCACUCAUGAUGUACCAGUUCCAAAGAAGUUUCAUCAAAGCAGCAAAGUUGGAGAAUCAGGAGUCUCGAGUCUCAGAAAUCCAUGCCCUUGUUCAUCGGCUCCCUGAAAAAAACCGGCAAAUGCUACAGUUACUCAUGAACCAUUUAGCAAAUGUUGCUAAUAACCACAAGCAAAAUUUGAUGACUGUGGCAAACCUGGGUGUGGUGUUUGGACCCACACUGCUAAGACCGCAAGAAGAAACAGUGGCAGCCAUCAUGGAUAUCAAGUUCCAGAAUAUUGUGAUUGAGAUAUUAAUAGAAAACCAUGAAAAGAUAUUUAACACGGUGCCUGAAGCUCUCACAAACACCCAGCAGAGCUUAUCUUGGAAGAAAAGCAAUGACUCGAAGCCACCCUCCUGCAGCGAGAGACCAUUGACACUCUUUCACACAGUACAGGCAACAGAGAAACAAGAACAAAGGAACAGCCUCAUCAACUCCAGUCUGGAAUCUGUUGUGUCUUCAAAUGCCAACAGCAUUCUCAACUCCAACAGCCCUCUGCAGCCCAGUGUGAACUCAAGUGACCCCGAGCUGGAUGUGAUGAAACCCACCAGGCCCAGUUCACUCCCCCCGAAUCCAAGCCCAACUUCACCCCUCUCACCGUCCUGGCCCAUGUUCUCUGCGCCAUCCAGCCCUAUGCCCACCUCAUCUACGUCCAGUGACUCAUCCCCCAUCAGCUCACCAUUCCGGAAAGCAAAAGCCUUGUAUGCCUGCAAGGCUGAACAUGACUCAGAGCUCUCAUUCACGGCAGGCACUGUCUUCGAUAAUGAUGAGGAAAUGAGACCCAGUGAAAAGAAGCAACUUGCCCAAGGUCACACAGCUAUUCAUCCAUCUCAGGAGCCUGGCUGGUUAGAGGGAACUCUUAAUGGGAAGACAGGAUUAAUCCCCGAGAACUAUGUUGAGUUUCUCUAACUUUGGACACCCGAACAAUACUGCUGAAUGUUACAUGGUAUCCAUGACAACUGCUGAUCAGGGUGCAAUAGAUCAUUUCUCUCAGCCUCGGAGAAAUGCAGGGCGAUGGACUCUUUUUCCUCUCUGUCAAAAUGAAUGUUUCUGUGAAUCCUAGUGUCCCUGUCUCUAUCAUCAUCUCAGCUGAUGGCGCAGCAGUGCUUCAAGUGGUGGAAUCAGAUGAGCCCAGGAGAACAGCUGGGUUCUGAUAUGUUAGUGGAAGACUUGCAUCAUGGCCAUUUUCUCAUGAAUGCUUCAAGCAGAAAAGAUUCAUUUCCAUUCUGGAGGAAUCCGAGUACAGAACUCUAAGAUGGAGGCAAUAAGUUGUCCCAGAGAUUCAGGAGGGGUGAGGGGAAGGAGACUGACUGACCAGGAGAGGGGUCUCUCCCUCUCUCUGAAGGUGGGGUGGGCUUCUGCUUUUGUUUACAGUAAGCUCUUUCUUCAUUCCAUGAGACCCACUCUGCUUCCCAGGCAAGCUGCUCUGUCUGAUCUUGGGGUGGGAAGGGGUUAAGGCAUUGUUUACAUAAUUUCAAACCACUCACCAUUUCUGUAGCAGCUGUUUGCCCAUCCUCAGCAGAACUCAGUCCAAUCUUCUCACAGGAGGGAGCACACACCCCCUCCAGCAAAGGCCUAUCUCUUCAACUGAGGGCUAUGAUCACCUGGUAACCACGGCAACUUGGCCUGCUGCAAAACAAACAAAAAAAACCACCCACAAUCUCUAAAACACUUUUUUUUUUUUUUUGCCUUUAGCUCUUUUCCUUCAGCCCCUGGGCAUUGGUAUCUUUUCCUAAUGAUUUUAAAGGACUACUUCAUAGUGGAACAAGGAACUAGAAUGGUCUCCUUGGGGCUAGCAUGACAGCAGCUGGCAGCUCACCCCUUUCUGGAUGAGCAAUACCAGUGUAUAUUUGGAGCAAACCCUUAUAGAACAUUUUUGAGAUUAGAUUGCAGCUAAGGCAAAACACUUGUGGUGGAUUCGACUGGCAGUUCCUCUCUGGACAACAAGAUGCUUCUCCUGGAAGAUGAAUUAUUCCCUUUGUCUUUCUGCUUGCCCCAUAUCCUGCCCAUCCAACCCCUUGUGUGCUUUAAUCAGAACUUGCACCCUUUCUCCCUCUCCUCAGACUCUUGCUUAUCAAAUUUGCCUGACCAAGUCUUGAGCUUCCAUUUUGGAGGGAAUGGGCCUAGUCCAGUUCCCUAUUCUUUCUCAAGGAUAUCCUAUUCUUACCAGUGUGGCCAAUGAUGCUACAUCUGCUCACUGCCAUUAGUAUAAAGUAAAUUGUUUUUUUCAGUCCACAUGAGUUCCUCUAGCAAACUGUGAUUCUAAAGGACAUCACUCCUCCCCCUACCCACCCCCCCCCUCAAAAAAAAGAGUGAAAGAAAUGGUUUCUUGAGAAUGAUAUUCUCUUUGCAAGGAAGGGUUGAGUGCUUGGGAGAAUCCUUGUGGGCAAAGAUUGUCUUGUGAGUGAGUUAAGGUAGGAAGGAAGGAGCCAGAGUGGGACUGUUUUCUGGUUCAGAUUGAAGUGUUAUGGGUAAAAAGCUUUACAACUUCCUUUGAACAAUAUCUCAUUGGCUGAGACACCCAGAAAAGAAAAAUGCUAAGUUUCCUGACCACCCUUUUGGAACAAGCACAUUUGUACUGAGGAGAAUUGCCUUGAGUCCUACGACUCUUGUGGAAUUAACUUCAAAGAAAGAAAUGAAACUUGAGUUGGUGAAUUUGUGUAUUUUACUUUUUUAUUGAAGAAAUUAACUUGUAAAUAGAGAAAUUUGAAUACUCUAUGGUAAAGUUUUAUAUUUGAUAUUUUAAGCUGAGCUAUAGUGAGUGAGCUACUUGACCCUUGUAAAGCUUGAGUGGCAGAGAAGGGAAGAAGAGGAGACCUUAGCCAGUAUAGCCCUGACAAAAUCUGAGUUAGCCCCAGCUGCUCAUUUAGUUGAUGGAAAUUGAUUUUGCUCACUUUCAUCGAUCCAGAAAUAUUAACUAGUUCUUGCCCAAGCCUUGGUGUUGGAGUAAGAGGAAAGGAAGGAGGAGCUUAAGUAAAUAAAAACUCCCACUGAGUGAUUGAUCAGCUUCUAGAGCAAUGAGGUAGGAGAGGCAGGAGCAUGUUUCAAUGGCCAGUAGGCAUAGGGAAAGAGAUGGGGAUUUUUUUAUUGGUAUUCUUGUGGGGGUAGCGCCUGACACUUACCACAUAUGGAGGAGAUGUGACAGCUUCUGGGAUCUUUAUCCCUUUCCUUUCCCCUACAUCUUCUAAGAUUCACUAGUUCUAAAAUCCUCAUUGGCUUGGAAGGGUCUAGCCUUAUUGAUGGUUUCAGGCCAGGUGUUUCCUUUUUGUCCCCAGUUAACGUGACUUUCCCCCUUGUCAUUAUGUCACAGCACAAGAACCCAGUCAAGGACUACUAAGAACACUGCUGUAGAAUAAACAGAACUAGAAUUCUGCAUAGGCAGAAAGAAAGGGCUUGAAGAGGGUGUUGGCAUUAACCCAAAGAGAUGGUCCAUAUGCAUAAGUCAGUGUAUUCCUUGGGGGAUGAGGAGGAGGGAGGGAUUUCCCAAAGAAGGGACAGUUAUUUUUCAAGAGUAAACAAUUUCCAGUUGUGUGUGUGUGUGUGUGUGUGUGUGUGUGUGUGAAUGAAUAGAAAGAACCAAACCAAGGAUUUAGGCUGUUUAAAUAGCAAUGGACCCAGUCAGACCUAAGUGUAUGUAAGCUGUGUGCACUGAUCAAGAGAAAUGAUGGGCCCUGACUAGAGAAAGUUUCCCCCUUUGCCCUCCUGUGGUCCAAAGCAUUUUCCCUUGGAAGCUUACCCUUCAGUCCACAGCAGGGAGCCUUGCUUUGGAGCCAAAGGGAAAUAGAGCUGCUGUCCUUGGGAUUUUUCAGGCUUACGCCCUUCCCUUGCUAGGCUACUCUAGGCCAGUGACAGAUGGUUCUAUGUUUUCUGCUUUUCUAGGCAGCCUCUUCAUGCCUAUUAGCUCCAGACCAGGUUUUUAAAAACCCAAAAUACUCUGGAUAGGAGCCAGGUAGAAGAAAGACAUUUUCCUUCUACCCUUGGUCUUUAAUAUUUCCAUUACUGAUCCACACCCCCAAUUCUCAGUCUCUCAGCUUGACUAGAAAUGUGGUGGCAGAGGAUGGGAUGAUAACUGGUGAAUGUUUACCUGAAUUCACCCUGGAACCUGACACUUUUUGUAAAGCCAGAAGGACCCUUUAUUUUGGUCAAAGUGAAGACCUUCUAGAUGGCUACCCAGACCUGAAGAACAUGGCCAGCUAGCAUACCUCCCAGCAUCCAUACCAUCCCAGGUCAACUGUUCUAUCAGCUAUUUUUUUUUCCAAAUCUCCAGAGAUAGCAGUUAUAAAGCCCGGCCUCCUUGUUUACCUCUUCAGUGAAAGUGUUCUUCCUUAUCUCUUACCAAAUUCUCAUUUCAGUGUUGGUCCACAUUUUGCUUGGUGCUCCACAGACACUGAAAACAAAUGACACAUUUGUGGCUAUAUGACCUUGCCAAAGAUCAUUCUGGGCAUUUACCUAGAACUACUUGUGACAGUGCCCAGGGAAGAAAGAACUCUAACCCCUCUCUAAAUCAUAACAGUCCUGAUUUGUAGAGCUUCAGGUCACCCAGAAGUUCAUUACCUUUGGGGGCCUCUACUUUCAAAAAAGUUUUGAUCACUGAAUACUAUGAAACAUCCAUUAGACAGUUGUAUAUAAGCUACACUGGGAAGGCCAGUUCCUCCUAAAGCCAUACAAUUUAACACAGGCCUAAAAUGUGUCUGAAAAACAACUAUGUUGUGGCCAGAAAAGUAGCCAGUAUUAAAAUUUGCUGCUUGAUUAAAAAAAAAAUUGUUACCAAUAUGUUCCACUUUAGGGAGUUAACCGUUAUCUCUGGAUAACUUUCCUAUAAUCAGUUACUUUGACAGUUCUGCCCCAAACUCACCAGCAGUCAGCAGCUGUUGGGGCAAUUCAUACCCUGUGCUGGUGUUUAAAAAUUCCUCAUAUGCUGAGAUGUGUUUGGCAGCCACACUGAUCCCCUGUUAAGGCCCAACUAUUCCCUGCUUUUAGAAUAAAAAUAACAGUAGCAGUGAAAUGAACCUUAUAGACUACCUGUGAUAAGACCCCAAAGGAUUAUAAUUAGCUUCUUUUAUACCUACAAUUCUGGUUUCGAGAGCUUCCAAAUAUGGGGUGAACAGGCACUUACAAAAUGCAAAUGCCCCAAGACCAAGCAGUAGAAUGAGGAGAUACCUAACACCCCUCUUUGAGAGUCCCUCUCCAUGGCUGUGUACAUCACAAUGCUUUUACCAAAUGGGGAAUGUGAUGUGAUAACAGCUUUGGAAGUUGAGCUGGGCCCCAGAACAGUGUUGAAUGCCCAGGAGACAACAGUUCAAAACCCCUGUGUGUAAUGACUUUAGUAUCAUUCCCAUAGUCAAAAAUCUCCACAAUGUUCCCAUUUGAGAACCGGAGUAUUAGAAUAAAAAUAGAGAAAUUAGCAGGAUAUCACAGCAUAUACACUACUCAGACCAUGGUCCGGAAGUGUUAGGUGAUGGUACCUACUGUUUCCACCUUGUUAUACAAAGACUAAAGGCACCUUUCUCGGUCAUUUAAAUGCCCAUCCUCACAGGCUCAUCACAUCCAGGGUUAGUUCUAUACCUGUGAAAUGGAAAGAUCUGAAAAUUCAAUAUGUAUAUGUAUGAGUAUGUGUUUGUGUAUAUAUAUAUAUAUAUAUAUAUAUGUGCAAAACAUGUAUUUACAUAUAUAGCUAUAUAGACAGACACCCAUAAGCAGACCUACAGAAGCCUGCAGUCACUGAGCCAUUGUAGAUUUAAAGAUUCAGGGGUUAGGAAAUAGGUUAGAGAGGCAAGUUGACUCUAAAAAAUGAUCCAAGAUGUAAAUUAAGUGCCAUUUUAAAACUUUGUUCAUAUUUAUAAGAUGUUUACCAUCUACAGCCAUGUUCUUUAUUAACUUAAUCAAAAUUACAUUGAAAAAUCAUACAUUGAUUGUGGUAACUGGCUCUCAGCUGCUGUGUUCAGAAGCAUUCUCAAAGAUGUUGAUGUUUCAGCAAAGAUUAUGCAUGUUUAAUUUGUUAUUUAGGCUCCUUUCAAGUGUGCUAUAAAGUGCUGUGAUAUAAUAAAUAUUAAUAAAGUACUUAAAAAUGGCACCUUAAUGUUAAAAAAAUUACACUAUAUAAAUAAUGCACUAUCUUAAAUUUCAACUCAGUAUUUGGUAUCGACUGGUGCGUAGAAUCCAAUACAGUAAUUACAAAGUAAUUUGUGGUUAGAGUGCAACUCACCCCACACACAGACCCAAGAUUUUGUUUCGUUUUGCCAUGUGUGAGCUUUUUUAAAAAUGUGCUAUUGCUUUAUUUGAUUGCAACUAUGGAGACCAAGCAACUUCUGUCCAUGUGGCCUUUGAGACUUUGCUUAUGUUUGGUCAGUUUGUGUGACAAUCCCUGUGAAAGGUGUGGAAGUUUGAUUUCAAAUUAAAUGACUUUUC